UACCUGUCAACCGGUCUGCUCUCCUCAGUGUUUUUGCCGGCUCGAGCCUCACAGGGCUGAAGACUCGCGGCUGUGUACCAGCUUUCACCGGCGAAUAUGUUGAAGUUCCCGGAUAUUAAAUUGCAUUUUUAUACGUGACCCAGCGGACUGGAGACCGGCACACACGGGGGAUUUAUUCUUCUCUGCAGCGCCCUACAUUGUAACGGAAUGGAAGCUGGAAGAAUUGAACGCUGGACAUGGACACAGACUGAUGGACCAAGAACAACAGCCUGAUAUAAUUAGUGCUCAACGCCAGCAUGACCUACAUUCCACAGAGCUUAAUGGACGGACUUCAGGACAUCUCUGCAAUAUGGACACGAGACAGUAACUAACGUCCUGUUCAACCUUGUAACACAGUAAUAAGUGACCUUCAUUUUUAUUUGCUGCUGCAGAACUGUGCAUAACCGGACACCUGAAUGUGCAUACGACUGAACCAAGAGAUUCAUCCAAGCAGACUAUGUCCUAUGCAAAAAAAAGGGGGAACAAGAUAAACAGCAUGAAAAGCACUGCAUGCUGGACAUUUUGCUGACCUUUUGUAAUGCACCAUGGUCGAAAGGAGGAAAAAUUAAUCAAGCAGGUGGCCUGAGGCAACUCUCCCUGCUGUUUUCUUGCUGUAUACUGCUGGACUAUACACUAGCUCUGCUCUUUGGAUUAGCGAGCAGCUCACAAGGCCCGCAGUUCAAAGUGCCAGAGAAGAGCAGGGCUGAAAGGUCUUUUCAAGCCUGCAGAUGCCUUAUCUGCUCAUAAGUGAGAGAUUGUUGCAUGUUAUGUGAUCACCAAUAAUGCUGUGGUCAGCAUCCAAAUAGACUUUUUCAGGCUGUCAGCAACAUAAACUGUCGCCACUAUGCUUCUGAACGGCGGUCAGCAGCUACCUCUUCUGAGGCAUACGGAUGUGCCGCCUCGGGUCAUAGAAAACUUCAUCCUGACUGGCUACCGCUUCCCAAACUACAGCCUGAGGGAUUGCUUACUGUCAGCGUUCAGGCCCACCAAUGAAACAGGCAACUUCUGGACACACUUCCUCCCAGUUUUCAUUUUUUCAUACUACUUUGGGGAAGUGUUUGGUUGGGAAAGUGCGCCACAUGGUGACGCCCCGUUCUUCUAUCCAUUGUGGAACUACUUUAUCGGGGUGUUCUGUCUCCUAAUGGCCAGCAGCAUGGCCCACCUGCUCAACUCAAUGUCUUUGGUAGUAAGAGAAGUCUGCUUCUUUGUGGACUACGGGACCAUCAGCUCCUACACUGUAGGCUCAUCGUUGGCGUACUACUACUACAUCCACCCUCGGGCAGGGAUCGUUGAGACAGGAGGCCACAACGCCUCCCAGGGGGACUUGAAACAUGAACUUGCAGGGGCUCCUACAUCAUCCUAUGCAAUCCCGGAGUUCAGUGUGUUCUUUGAGAUAUUCUAUAUUCCGUGUGCAUGUGUUGUAGCAAUCAUUUGCGUUCUCUCUUGCUGCAAUACUCGCCAGAGGUGGAGGCGGCAUCGAUACAUCAUCCGAACCUUAGUUUUCCUCCUUCCGUUCCUCAUCUCUUCCACGCCGGUCUUCUACCGCCUCCUCACCAGAUCGCCUUAUUCCACCACCUCCUCCUCCUUCGUUGCUUCCACCUCCACCUCCAGCUUCUUCUAUCGCCACUGUCUGUGGCUGCUGGUGUCAGCUGUCUUCAAUAUCAGCAAGUUCCCUGAGCGGCUAGCCCCGGGUCGCUUUGACAUCUGGGGGCACAGCCACCAGUGGUUCCACUGUUGCACGUUUUUGUCCAUCCUAGACGAACUCCAAAUGAUCAAGGCUGAAGUGAGGGCAAUCCUACUCAGCCCAACUGUGCUGUUGCCCCCUGCCACCCUCUCCCACCUACCUGGACCUACCAUAGCUUCCACCUAUGGGGUGAUGCUCCUCCUCCAGACCACCAUCAUCUCCAUCAUCGUGUGGUUUUCCUGGCGCGCCAACUGCAUCUACGGACCCCAGGGCGACCAGCUAGCAGAGGAACACCCCAAGAAUCACCUCAAAUGUCACUGAUCACAAAGACAAACCAUUUUUUUUUUAAAUCAUCCUGACUGUGAAGAAAGAUUUGCACAUGCAUACAGAGCCAUGCCACAAAGAAGAAGCGCACAAGUAAAACAAUAUUACCCUUCCGAUUUCAGGUUCCUCAUAUGUUCCUACCCCUUAGAGAGCUUUUUGCAAGCUUUCAUAUGGGGAAAUUGGGCACAAUGUGAGACGAAAGGAUUAUAUUCUGAGCUCACCACAGGGUGGCUGUCUGGUUGAGUGAACAUUGAAAGACCUUGCCAGUUCUUUUCCCUAAGCAGCUCCAGCAUGUUCCAACAGGAUGUCUGAGCAGUGGUGAUAAUAACUACCUCUAGGGACUGUACACUUGAGGGCAGAGGAAAGGUGUUGGAACCCAGAAGAACACAUGUUCCACGUAACAUUUGGGUAAUGUGGCUUAAAUGUCAGCGUCAUCCUUUACAGAAGUCGCUGGUGCGUUGUCUGUUGUCAAGUAGUACCCGCUGUUGCACUUCCUCUUGCUCUGACCUCAAAGUGGAUCUUUCUCUGCUCUGGUUGCAGUUGGACCCAUUGUUUCACAUAGCAUGAAUCCCUUGUUCUGACCUUUACUAACCAUACCUUCGCUUCCUCUGACUUACAUAAAUGCUCACAGGCAGUCUCAUUUCCUCUCUUUUUCCAAGUGACCCUCAGCAGGAAGUGUGCCUGAAAUAGCUGAGAGCUUGUAUCAGUCGUACAGUUAAGCACUUUCAGGGGGUCGGACGAACAGGCCCUGUCAUUAAGAAGCCAUGCUCUGUUUUUAACCUUAAAGGGCGCGUAACAUUUCUGAAGCAUAGAAUGAUGUCCUGCUGGCAUCUUCAGUUGGGUUAUUUAAAUGUGAAACAUAUUCAGAGGGAAGUGAAUAUAUCUGCUGUAUGUGUGGUUUUCAUUACACUGAUGAAUAAUUCCCCAUAGAUUAUGUUCACGCUGUUUAAAGUGCUCUAGUUCAGAUUAAAUGUGAUGUAAAUCUGGUGUUUUCUAAUCAGUGUGAGAAGCUUACUGGGGUUUUCUGGAGUACACAGAAGUGGUAUGCAUGUUAUUAAAAUCUCUCAUUCAAAAAAAGACUUCAGUUUAAAGGCUUGCAUUGUGAACAUAGAUUAAAUGACGAUGAUGAAACCAGAGGCUACUUUCCACAGAGGCUUUUCAUGCCAUGUGAUGUACAGCAACCCCUUAGAGCAAAAGCCAUAGUUUGGAAAAGUGACAUAAUGGCAAUAUUGUAGUUGUAUUACAUUGUCAGUAACUUCCUGGAUAGAUUUGCACUUGACAGAUAGAUUAGGUUUAUAGUUUGUUCCUCAUGUAUUAUAACUAUAUUCAAGCUGAAGAGCUAAGUGUCCUUCAGAAAAAUAUAUACCCGGCAAUCUCUGAGUCAUUUAACAGCCCUUACCGCUUCUUUGAAGCUAGUAAAUAUAUAACCUUUCAGGACUGUGGGGGCCACGUCUUCCAUCCAUCUGGAACAAUAACUAUUUUUUCCACAGCACCAUAAAAAAAAUCUUAAACCCAGUUUUCCAUAUUUGCACCAUUAUUUAAUAAGAAAUGUCAUUGCUGAUUUGUACAACAAAACCAAAUACAUUUAUCUGGCAUACAUAUUGUUAUUAUAUAUAUAUAUAUAUUUAUAUUUAUAUAUUAAAUUAUAUUAUAUUGUAGCCUAAAUCAAUGUUACUUUUUAUUAUUUUGUAGAGAUGCAACUUGGGAAGAGGAUUAAAAAUGUUUUUAAUCGGGCAGUGGGUGGACAGAGAAGUGAUUGAGAAGUCUUGAAAUAUUUUCAGAAUAACAUUAAAUGAAGUUUAAGAAUCUUCCGGGUCUUCAAAGAUCAUUGCGUAGUUAUCAUUUCAGAAACAGGGAUGCUUAAGUCUGUGACUUGAAUAUAAUGGUUAUACAUGAGAGGCACGAACUGGGACAAUAAUUUACUAUGUAGAUUAAAUGCAAACAUUACCAUUUCUUUAUUCAACUUUUAACUGUAUGCAGCAAUAACCUUAUUGCUAGGCAGAAAUGUUAAUUAUCACCCUUUGUCAACCUAUAUAUGUAGAUGCCUGCUUUCUUGUUUUUUUCUAGAAUUCUGCUACCCAGCCCAAACCCGACCGGCCCGUUUGGUUUGGGAUUUAUAUUUUAAUUUAUUAAGAAAUCCUGUGUUUGUCUCUAUGACUGUCUAUCAUCCGUGUUUGUCAUGUGUUAGUAGUUUUGCAAUGUCCAGAGAGAAGGGGGAAAGACAGACAGUGUAGCUAAUGUGUCGCAUUAGCCUGGUAAGCUAAUGUUCAAUAACAGAUAAAAAAAAUUAAACAAAAAUAUAGCCUGUUAGUCCUGCACAGUUUCUAAUAUCCCAACCAAAAUGAGUAUAUAUAUAUAUGGUCUGACGCAUGCGUACGUGACUGAUUGGCAUGUGCAUUCAAAGAUUUUGGCAAGAAAGAUGUUGUGCUGGCUUUUGGCAUUUUCUUUUCUGCUGGGUCAGAUUCUAUUCAGUCCGUUUUCUGCCUCCCACAAAAAAAUCAAUGUGCUGGAAACCAAGGGUGUUCACUGUGUUCAAGAACUCACCUCCUGAAAUGUCCAUGAACAAGACACUUUCAAGAAAAUUUCCUUUGCUCUGAGAUCACUUGCACACUGAAAGUGGACCAUGAUCGUCAGUGCUCAGAUGACGAUUACGUGUGUUUUCUCUGUUUUCAUGUUGUUCUGUCUUGUCUUUGUAGAUUUUGUCCUGUCAAGCAACCUCAGAGGGAGUUACAAAUGAAAUGAUAUGCUCUUACUCAUGUGUCACAUUUACAUGUUGAUAAUCAUAUUGGUCUGAUUUUAGAAAUUAUAUGAUUAACACUGUAUAAGUUCUACUCAUACCUGCACAUUUACUUGUGUUUAGAUGCGUUAAUUUGCACAAGAGAAAAUGAUUAGUGAUGUAAGCUGAGUUGUUAAUUAUGUAUGACGAUGGAGUAUAUAUAGUAAGGACCAUAUUGAAAGGUUGUGAUAAUCAUGCUGUUAUGGGGCACUUUAAAGCUCCUCAAAAUGUUCCUUUAAGGAUCAACUCUGCAGUACUGUAUUCUUUCUUCAGGUUUAGGUAGUGCGUUCUAAUGAAUAGUCCAAUUCAUCAGAUAACGGUGCAUCCAAUGUUGAAGCGAUGUUUCUACCUCAACAGAGCAUUUCUGUCACUCUGUCACUGAGACGAACCAUCGCUGAAACAAAUCUUGUCCCCCUCUCCACCCUUCUAGACGGUGGGAUGUCAGACUUGAAUCGAUCAAUGUUGAAGCAGAGUGCAGUAUGUGAAUGUUAGACUUACAGCCAGUACUGUAUCAAGUGAAGUACUCAGGGGUGACCGGAAAACAACACUAAUACAUUAUUUACACAUGCAUUUAAAUGAUUAAUUACUAGAGGUGGAGAAUAACUGUAGAAUCUGUCUGUUAAAAUGCUGAAAAAGUGAAAACGAUCCUCCAUUAUGUUAAUUGAUGUAUCUAAUAAUGUAUCUAACUAAUAUGGAUGAUUUGAGUUUUACUGAAUAAAUUAUGCAGAUAACUAA